AUGUUAGAUCUAAGAUUUAAAGACUUAGGUUUUAAACCAACAAAAUUUGAAUCAACAAAAGAUGAAUUAAAAUACAAGAUGAUGAAAAGUAUAAAAAAUAAUAAUUAUUCCUUAUCAAACAAUAAUUCACCUACUUCACUAUUAAGCUCACUAUUCGAAGAAACUACCCACCAGUUAUGCCCUAUUGAAACUGAACUAAAGAUUUAUUUUGAUAUACCUAAAAUGUUAUUAUGUAUUUCUGAAACUUCUGUUCCAUCUGAGCAUUUGUUUUCUAAUACUGGAAGCACAAUUACUGAUAAACGAGCCCGUUUUCAUCCCAACACAGUUCAUGAUUUGCUUUUCCUAAAAGAAAAUCAACACUGUUUUAACCCUUACCCCGAUUUAGAAUGA